AUGCGUUGGAUAACAACGGUUCUCCUGGUAGGCCUUGCCAGUCUAUCGGCUGCCCAUGAUGAGGGCCCCGUUCCAAAGUUCGUCGGUGGGCGAAAACUUUUGUCGGGACUAAAGAGCAGAAGGGCAUUGGAGAGGAAGGUGUCGGGAAUUCGCAUGCCUCACGUCUCUGAGGACCUGUCUGGGCCCACGACUGAGGAUGAGACUCCAUCGAUUGAUGCUCGCGACAACACGAGCGGAAAAUGUGGCCCGAAUCGUGGAAGUUGUGCUGCCGGGUACUGUUGCUCUGUUGAAGGAUGGUGCGGCCUAGGCAUUGACUACUGCGAGGCCCCAGACUGCCAGCUCAGCUAUGGUCCUGGUUGCGACGGCAACUCCAAGCCAUCCGGAGUCGACACGUCGACUAUAGCGCGCCCAAAGGUGGGAAAUGUCGAAUACGGCGGUGUCGGUAUCUAUGAUUGCGUCAAUGCCGGCGAUAUUGCCAUGACUUUUGACGACGGCCCCUGGAACUACACCAGUGACCUUUUGGAUAAGCUCCAGAAAUACAAUGCCAAAGCGACAUUCUUCAUUGCCGGUAACAACAUUGGCAAGGGCCAUAUUAACGAUCCCAGUCUUCCCUGGCGGGCUGUCAUUCAGCGAAUGGCGGCAGAAGGCCAUCAGGUUGCCAGCCACACUUGGUCACACCAGAACUUUAGUGACGUGACUGCAACUCAAGCUCGAAACCAGGUAUUAUGGAACGAAAUUGCAUUGAAUGAUAUCUUGGGAUAUAUACCAACGUAUUUGAGGCCGCCGUUUUCCAUAUGCGAGAGUGAUUGCGAGGACCUCUUGGCAGAGCUCGGAUACCACAUCAUCUACUUUGACCUCGACACCGAGGGCUACCUCUACGACGACCCGGCCGACAUUCAGAUCUGCAAGGACAUUUGGAAUGAGGCCGUCGAUAACUCGGACGCCUGCGACGACAACUUUUUGCACAUUGAGCACGACAUCCACUGGCAGUCGGUCUACAACUUGACCGACUACUUUCUGGCCUCGCUGUUCGAGAACAACUAUCGGGCCGUGACCGUGGGCGAGUGCCUGGGCGACCCCCCGGAGAACUGGUAUCGCGCCGGCAGCUCCUCGGUGCCGGCGUAUGACUUUCCUAGCCCGACGCCGACCAACCCUGCCCAGUGUGCAGAGUCAUCAACCUCGAAGCGUGGCACCGGGACCGACCCAUCCCCGACUGGCGGCCUGGUCGUGAGCGAGGAGGGAGACUGCGGCAACGGAGUCACCUGUUUGGGUUCCGAGUUUGGGAACUGCUGCUCACAAUAUGGCUUCUGCGGUAAUACCACCGAUUACUGUGGCAAAGGGUGCCAACCCGCUUUUGGCUCCGGUUGUCUAGGUGCCUCGUCUUCUGUUUCGACCACCACCUCUGCUACUGCUACUACUACAAGUCCCUCGACGACGACCAGUACCGGGGUAAGUACAUCACCUCCAUCCACGACGGCUACGACAACGACUGUUUCCACUCCUGCUCCUGUCCCGCCCCCCUCCACGACCUCGUUGCCUGGCACCACCACCACCCGCCGUAGCACAAGCACCUCGUCGACCAGCAGCGCUGCCGCUCCCACCGGUACUAACGAGAUUCUGGUCCCCAGUAAAGAUGGAUCUUGCGGCAAAGGUACUGGAUAUACUUGUCUGGGCAGCGACUUUGGCCUUUGUUGCACCUCGGGUAAUCGCUGUGCCUUGCUGUGUUUAUUGACGGGGUGUCAACCAGAUUACGGAACGUGUGCUGUACUCAUUGGACCCGAGUAA